CCCUCCUCAUCCCGGACCGUGCUGCGAGCUGCCAUGUCGGAGGCGUAUUUCCCGGUGGAGUCGGGCGCUCUGGGACCUGAGGAGAACUUCCUGUCUUUGGACGACAUCCUAAUGUCACAGGAGAAGUUGCCGGUGCGCGUCGAGACGUCCAUGCCGCGCCUGGGCGCCUUCUUCCUGGAGCGUGGCGCGGGCGCCGAGCCGGACCAUCCGCUCCCACAGGGUACAAAACUUGAGCUUCCCUUGUGGCUGGCUAAGGGACUCUUUGACAACAAGCGGCGCAUCCUUUCUGUGGAACUUCCCAAGAUGUACCAAGAGGGAUGGAGGACUGUAUUCAGUGCAGAUGCUAAUGUCGUAGACCUCCACAAAAUGGGGCCCCAUUUCUAUGGGUUCGGCUCACAACUCCUGCAUUUUGACAGUCCAGAGAAUGCAGAUAUCUCCCAGACUCUGCUGCAGACUUUUAUUGGACGGUUCCGCCGCAUCAUGGACUCCUCCCAGAAUUCUUACAAUGAAGACACUUCAGCACUGGUAGCCAGGUUAGAUGAGACAGAGAGGGGCUUAUUUCAAAUUGGCCAGAAAGGUCUGAAUGACUUUCAGAGUUGGGAAAAAGGUCAAGCUUCUCAGAUUACAGCUUCCAGCCUCGUUCAGAAUUAUAAGAAAAGAAAAUUCACAAAUAUGGAAGACUAAAAAACAGAACAGAACUGCAACUUGUGGAUUUAUCUCCGUGCCCUUGAUAAGACCAAUUAACUUCAUGAGGGACCCAACUGUGUACUGCUUCAGGGCUUUUAACCUUCAGCAGUCUCAAAGCUUGGAACUGUCUGGUUGGGGCAGAUGUGGAUGCCCUUGACCCUGUUGGUCUUCUGGACUGUAGCUACCUGCUAUCUUCACAGCAUAGGCCUUUGGUCCAGGAUGCAGCUGAGGAGGACCCCGAGUCCAUCUUAAAUAAGGAGCACAGGGACAUUACAUACAUAGUCAAGUUGGAACUCGGAGUCCUCAGGUGUCUGGUCUCUUUGGCUGCAAAGUGGGUCAUCUCUGCCUGUUCACAACUUCUCUUAGGCUUGUUUGCCUUCUCUUCUUCAUGGCUGGACAAAGGACAGCAUCCCCACCAUGCUCCCUACCUGCUGGGACUUACCCCAAUUUCUAAAAAAGGAAAUUGGGAGAAAAGCGGAAAGUCAGAUGAAUGGCAGAGCAGAAAGAAGACAUUGCGCUUUUGUGCUCUGUAAUCAGGGCUUUAGAACUAGAAUCACAUCCCUUCAGUCUACCCAGAGGGGCCAUGUACUUGUGUUUGUGAGUGAUCUUUAAAGUGCUGGCAUACUUGUUCCACUCUAGAAAAGCUAUCAGGGUAGCCGUCUUCCAGUAACUUGCCAAAAUGACCAACACAAGGGAAAGAGGAGAAGCACUCGGCAUAUGCUCUCUAGGCCUUUUAGGAAAAAUGGAGUUGUUCCGCUGGCCACAUACAUGUGAAUCUACAAGAAGGGUGACAUUGUAGACAUGAAGGGAAUGGACACUGUUCAAAAGGAAUGUUCUAUAAGUGUUACCACAGCAAAACCGGAAGAGUCUGUAAUGUCACCCAGCAUGCCGUGGGCAUCAUUGUAAACAAGCAAGUUAAGGGCAAGAUUCUGGCCAAGAGGAUCAGUGUGCGGAUUGAGCAGAUCAAGCACUUGAAGAGCAGAGACAGCUUUCUGAAGCGGGUGAAGGAGAACAAUCAGAAGAAAAAGGAAGCCAAAGAGAAGGGCACCUGGGUUCAGCUGAAGUGUCAGCCUGCUUUGUGAGUACUAACGGGAAGGAGCCUGAGCUUCUGGAGCCCACUGCAUAUGAAUUCGUAGCCUAGUGUACAAAAAGAUAGAAAGGAUCUGGGCUGCAAAGUGAUUUUCUUUAAAGAAAGAAAGAAAAGCUAUCAGGGAGGUGUUAGGAAUUGCAAAGUAGUUAUUAAAGUGUGUUUACCAGCCUUUGUAAUAAUUGCAUCAGGGGCUUGCAGGUUGUGAAGAGCCCUAGCUGAAAAACAGCCUGGCAAGUAUUAGAAGAAGACUCUUUUACAUUAUUUUUUUCUCCAGGAAAUACUGCAACAUUAAUGCAAAGAGGACCCCUGACCACUCACUGGGAGUCUUUUUAAACAUGUACCAAACUGAGAGGGACAAGUUCUCCAGACCAUAAGCUGAAUAGAAAAGUCCCAUUUCCUGGAGCCCUUUGGAUUGUCCAGUGGGCAGUUUCUCCACACCACUGGCCACCCCUGGUACCCUAUGGCUACUGGAAAAUGUCUUCAUUGUAAUUAAGGACAAAUUUGGGUGUCCAGAUAACAAAGUUGUUGUAAUGGAAACUUAACAGACAUGCAUUUAAAUGCCUGUCUUAGCAUGAAAUUGUUUUUUAUCAUUUGACUUUCAUCCUAAAUAAAUGAUGAGUUUUGUACA